AUGCCUAGGGGCAACCAAGGUGACAAGCCAUCGGUCGGCAAGCGGCGUGACGAGAAGCGACCGGGGGAUGACGGGGCCAGCAAACGCCCUAGAACGAGCAGUCAUCAUCACAAGAACAGCUCAACACCAAGCGCCCAUCCCCAGAAGCCUGAGGCCAAGAUUCCCGUGACACGCCCGCCAGCCACCACCUCCUUCCCUUGCCAUGUGGGUGGUUGCGGUAGGAAAUUCACCUCUCGAGCCAGCCUGGUCCAACAUGAAAAGGAGAGACAUAGGGAGGCCUUGCCCUUUGCUUGCAGCAUGUGCGGGGAGCGGUUUACCAGGAACUCCAGCUUGCACCGCCAUGCCAAGUCCCAGUUGCACUAUUUUGGGAAGAAUUGCUCCACCUCAGCCAAGCCUUGA